ACGUAAAUACCUUCCGCGUUAUUGCCGCGAGGUUCACUGGCUAGCAGCUCUUGGGCAGCUCACAAUUUUUCACAAUGGCCUCAGAAGAAAGCCCUUUACUGGUGCCUACCGCACAUGAAGCUAUUUACAACAGAUUUGCGCCUGAUCAAAAGAGGUGGAUUGUGUUUCAUGUGUCUUUUGCGGGUUUGUUGGCUAUGUUUGUCCAAGUGACGUUCGUGCCUUCCAUCCCUCAGAUAGCUAAAGAUCUCGACUUAACACAUGCUGUCGUUAGCUUGGCUUUGAGCGUAUCGGUCUUUGCUAAUGCCAUCGGAGCGUUAUGUUGGUCUGCGUAUUCGUCUUUCUACGGACGCAGAUCGAUAUAUCUGUGGGGAAUGCCGUUUCUAUGUGUUGGGAGCUGUGGUGUCGCGUUGUCGACUUCGUUGCAGAGUCUGUUAUUCUGGCGAUUCGUGCAGAUGUUUGGAUGCGCUGGGGCGUUGUCGUUGGGGUCAGGUGUAAUUGGCGACAUUUAUAAACUGGAGGAGAGGGGGACCGCUAUUGGGAUAUUCUUUAGUGUCACACUUCUCGGGUUCACUUUUGCCCCGUUUAUUGGAGGUGCGGCGACACAGUAUUGGUCCUGGCGCAACCUGCAUUAUUCCGUUGGUGUAUGGGGCUUACUCGAGAUGCUUCUCAUAUAUCUUUCAUUUCCUGAGACCAGUCAUCCCGGCACAUUGGGUAUUGAUAAACUGCCGUCCAGGAGACGGAUUCAUAUCAAAUGGGUUAACCCUCUGAGCAGUCUUUGGUUACUUCGCAGUCCGAACCUAUUUGCGGUUAUGCUUGCGUCAGCUCUAAUGGUCAACACCAUGUAUGUUCUCCUCGUACCGAUAGCGAAUACCAUUGGCGCCCGGUAUGGAAUCACGAACAAUGCCAUCAUCGGGGCAUUUUUCCUCCCAAACGGACUGGGAUGCUUCGGCGGAACUCUGGUUGGUGGCCGCCUGUCGGACAUUGUAGUCAGAAAAUGGCGGGAGAAGCGCAGAGGAGCAUAUUGUCCCGAAGACCGCUUGAGAGCGACCUGGAUUGGAGGGCUACUCAUUGUCCCAUUGUCUAUUGGGGCAUCGGGGCUGAUCGCGACAUAUAUUGGGGGACCGAUCGGCCUUGCGCUGAAUAUAUUAUGCCUCUAUGCGAAUGGAGUGGGGGUCGAGUUAGUGUUGAAUCCCAUUAAUUCUUAUAAUGUGGACAUAGUGCAUUCUCGAAGCGCAGAGGCCGCAGCUGCUUGCAUGGCGAGCUGGUCGCUCAUCAUGUCUGUUGCCACUGCUCUUAUCAUUCCAACGAUCGAGCGCAUAGGUGUUGCGUGGACGGAUAUCACUGCGGCUGGCCUUGCGGUCAUCGGACAAGGGAUGAUUUUCUUGACAAUUCGUUAUGGUGAUAGCAUGAGGGCGAGUAUAGAUGUUGGUUUCUCGACCAUUGAGAAUAAUUAACGGAUUGAUCUUUGUUUAUCUGAAAGGAAGCAAUGUAUUAUAAUCAAUAUAUGUGGAACAAUAUACUCGUCAUCAUUGCCAACAAAGAAAAUAGA